CAAAUAGCUAAUACUAAUUUAUAUUGUUCUAAAACUUUAAAUAAAACACCUUCGCAGUUGAAAAAUGAAUUCAGAAAAAAUAUGUGAUAUUAGUGAUGAAAUAAUUAAUAAAUUUAAAAAUAUUAAACAAAUCCUAAUUCAAGAUUUUAGUAUUAAAGAAAAAGAGGUUUGGCUUAAACAUAUAAAAAGUAAUAUUAAGUUAUGUAACAAAGCUAUUCGAAACUCUGACGUUUCAAUUGGAUCAUUACGAAAAUUACAAACAAAUUUAGGUCAUUUAAAAGUUUUUCAAACAUCUAUUCAGAAUUUAAGCCAAAAUCAUGUAGGAAAAGGGCUAGGUACUAAAAAAAAUAAAAUAUCUGGCCGAGUAAAAUGGAUGGAUUUAUGUUCUGCAUUUAAAGGUAGAGUUAGAACUGGUAUUAUAAUAAAUUUGAAACAUAAAGAUUUAGGACAGUUUUUAACAGAUUCUCAAAUACUAUUUUCAAAUCGAAUAAAAAAAAUGUUAAAAACUAUGAAUACACUUAAAGUUAAUUGCUGUUUUUGUGGAGAGUUUUUAAAACAGGGUAUAGACCAAGAUAAAACAGAUUUUAAAUAUUUUAAUACUGCUAAUGCUAUAAUAGAUGAAGGAACAGAUAUUAGCGACUGGUUUCAAAACAAUAUAGAGGAUAAAAUUAAUAAUAAAUUGUCUGAAUUUAGUGAAAAAGAUAGCGGGUGGGCUUUAUCAAAAAUUAUUUCACUAGAAGUUAAUAUUAAUAAAUUUGAAAUGGGUAAUGGAGGUUCAUCUUAUAUUAAAUUGCCAAAACAAAUUGAAAAUAAAAAAGCAUGCGUAAAUAUUCAAAAUAAUGAUAAUGCAUGUUUUUAUUGGGCUAUUGUAAGUGCUUUAUAUCCGGUUAAUCAAAAUAUAACAAGACCUUCUUCUUAUAUACAUUAUAAUAAAGUUCUUAAAACUGAUAAUUUUGAAAUGCCAAUGAUAAUUAAGAAUGUUUCUAAAUUUGAGAAACUAAAUGAUAUAUCUGUAAAUAUAUAUAUGUUAGAAUUAGGCCAAAAAGAAAACAAAACAUUUUACACAGUACUUCCUGCAAGGUUAACGACUUCAAAAUUAGUAAAACAUGUAAAUUUACUUUUGAUUCAAAAUAUUUAUUAUCGUAAAAUCAAAGAUUAUGAAGCUCUACCCAAGAAAACAGAAAACACAGAUAUUAAAUACCAUUAUUGUUGGAUUAAAAGUAUGUCUAGAUUAUUAAGUAAUCAACUAAGCAAAAAAGGUCAUAAAAAAUUUAUAUGCGAUAGAUGUUUAAAUUAUUUUAGUUCUCAAGACAAAUUGAAUACCCAUUCAAUCUUUUGUGAAAAACGGAACAACUGUAAAAUUUCUUUUCCUAAAGAUAUGACAGUUAAAUUUCAAGAUUUUGUCUACAAACAGAAAGUUCCUUUUAUUGUUUAUGCUGAUUUUGAAACAAUGUUGAUACCUUAUACAGAUAAAUCAAAUUUACAUAUAAACACUCAUAAGUAUCAACAUCAUAAACCUUACAGUGCAGGGUAUUAUUUAAAAUGUGAUUAUGAUAAUAAUCUUUCAUAUUAUAAGAGCUAUGAAGGAAUUGACUGUAUGGAUUGGUUUGCAAAACAAAUGUCAUAUUUAGCCAAAAAAAUUUAUUCUAAAAUAAAAAAUAUUGAGCCUAUAACAGAAAAUCCUGAUAUAAAUUCCACAAAUUGUCAUAUUUGCGAAAAGCCAUUUUCUAUAGAUGACGUCAUUGUUCGUGACCAUAACCACUUUACUGGCCAUUUUCGAGGAUUUGCACAUCAAUUAUGCAACUUACAUUUUAUGAAAAAAUUUGUUGUACCAAUCGUGUUUCAUAACUUAUCAGGUUAUGACAGUCAUUUUAUUAUUAAAGACCUUGCCCGACGAGGUAAAAUUAGUUUAUUACCAAUAAAUAAGGAAAAAUAUAUUUCUUUUACAUUAUUCGAUUCAGAUACAGAAAUUAAAUUUAGAUUUAUUGACUCUUUAAGAUUUAUGGGUGCUUCCUUAGAUGAGUUAGCAUCUUCACUACAAAUUGGAGAUUUACAGAAUCUAAAUAAUGAAUUUAAGGAUUUAGAACCAGAAACAUUUAGUCUGAUUACUCGCAAAGGAGUAUUUUGUUACGACUAUGUAGAUAGCAUAGAGAAAUUAAAAGACACUGAAUUGCCUAAUAUUGAUAGUUUUUUUAAUAGAUUACUAAAUUCAAAUAUUACUGAUUCUCAAUAUGAGCAUGCAAAAAUGGUCUGGAAAGCUUUUAACAUUAAAAAUUUAUCAGAGUAUAGUCAGUUGUAUUUGAAGACGGAUAUAAUGUUACUUGCAGACGUAUUUGAGACGUUUAGAGCUACUUCUAGAGAAACAUAUGGCUUAGACCCUGCAUGGUAUUAUACUAUGCCAGGGUACACCUGGAGCUGUAUGUUGAAAUAUACAAAAAUUGAAUUAGAAUUAUUAGAUAGUGUAGAUAAAAUAAUGUUUAUCGAAGAUGGGUUAAGAGGUGGAAUAAGUCAGUGUUGUAGUAGAUUUUCGGAAGCAAAUAACAAAUAUCUUCCGAAUUAUAAUCCAACAAAACAAUCGAAAUAUUUGCUUUAUUUAGAUGCAAAUAAUCUUUAUGGGUGGGCUAUGUCCGAAUACCUUCCUUAUGGAGGAUUUGAGUGGACUGAUACUAAUAUUGAUGUAACAACUAUACCAGAUGAUUCUCCAAUCGGAUAUAUGUUAAAAGUAGACCUUGAAUAUCCCGAAAAUAUUCAUGAUCUUCAUAAAGAUUUACCUUUUUGCGCUGAACGCAGAAUUCCUAAAAAUUCAAAGUUACCUAAAUUAAUGACCACUCUGUAUCCUAAAAAGAACUAUGUUAUUCAUUAUCGCAAUUUAAAGCAAGCGAUAGAAAAUGGUCUAGUAUUAAAAAAAAUUCAUACUGUGUUAAAAUUCAAACAGUCUGUUUGGAUGAAAUCUUACAUUGAGCUAAAUACUCGUUUGAGGGCUCAAGCUGUAACUGAGUUUCAAAAAAACAAUUACAAACUCAUGAAUAACGCUGUGUUUGGUAAAACUAUGGAAAAUAUUAGAAAGCACCGUCUCAUACGCAUCAUAUCAGAAUGGAAUGGCAGAUAUGGAGCAAAAAAUAUGAUAUCAUGUCCACAGUUUCACAGUCGCGCUAUUUUCGACGACAGUUUAAUGGCAAUCGAAUUACAAAAAACUGAAAUAGUUUUCAACAAACCACUUUACGUAGGCAUGACAAUUUUGGAUAUAUCAAAAACUUUAAUUUAUAAAUUUCAUUACGAAUUCAUGCUAGAAAAAUUUUCAACAGAUCAAAUUAAGUUAUUGUAUACAGAUACUGAUAGUCUUUUAUAUGAAAUAACUUGCAAUGAUGUAUAUGAGGAAAUUAUUAAGGCUAAUAUCAGUAAAUUUGAUACAAGUGACUAUGAUCUAAAUAAUGUUUACAAUAUGCCUUUAGCUAAUAAAAAAAUUGUUGGUUUAAUGAAAGAUGAAACAAAGGGAAAAAUUAUUACUCAUUUUGUAGGACUUAGAUCUAAAAUGUAUUCUUUUAAGCUUCAUGUAACGGAAAAAGAAAAAGACCAAGAACAAAAUAAAUUAAAACAAAAACAAUUAGAUGAAAUUACAAUUCAAAAAACUAUAAAGAAUAUUGGUGUAACAAAAAAAUCUAAAGGUGUUAAAUAUGACGUUGUAAAAAAUAAAAUAACUUUUGAUGAUUAUUUACAUUGUUUAGAGGAAAAUAAAAGUAUAUCUGAAACACAGCGUAAUAUCCUUUCUUUUGCUCACAAUGUUUUUAGUGUAGAACAAACUAAAAUAGUUUUAAAUCCUAAUGAUAAUAAAAGACACCUAAUAGCUAACAGUUAUGACACACUUCCUUUAGGUCACUAUAGUAUUAUGGAAUAACUUAGUAUUACAUAAUUAUGCAAUUUUAACUGAUUUUAUUAAAUUUUACCAUUUUAUGAUGUAAAUUUAGCUUUUAAUUAUUAAAUAAAAAUAUUAAAAUAUAACAUGUGUUAAUUAAUUUAAAUUAGUUGAAUGAAAAAAGAAAUGUUAUUUUUCACUAAUUCAAAUUUAAUAUCUAUAAAUAUAUUGAGAAAAAAUAAAAGUAUAUUUUUAUUAUGAAACUUAAGACAGAACUUGUAUUAGUAGUAAAUACAAUGUCAUAUAAUCUUACUUCAAUAAUGUUGAUUUUAGUAAUACAUAUUAUUCUCUUAAACAAAGAGUAUAACAAUGUUUAAUGUUCUAUAUAA